AGGAGCAACAGGACGGGACCCGGGAACUCAGGACCCUGGAUGAAUCUGCCAGCUUUUGACCCUGGCCGCCUGAGCAGCGCCCAGAUGCUGGAGAUGGAGCCUCUGAACAGCACGACCCCCAGCCCGGCUACCCUGCGCGGCCCCCUGGAGUCCCACAUCCCCAGCGGGGGCGGUAACAGCAGUAGCAGCAGCAGCAACGGCAAUGAGUACUUCUACAUCCUGGUGGUCAUGUCCUUCUACGGCGUCUUCCUCAUCGGCAUCAUGCUGGGCUACAUGAAGUCCAAGCGCCGGGAGAAGCGCGCCAGCUUGCUGCUACUGUACAGAGACGAGGAGCGGCUGUGGGCCGAGGCCAUGAAGCCGCUGGCCCCUGUGUCCGGCCCGAGGUCGGUGCCGGUGCCCGUGAUGCUGAACGUGCUGCAGGAGAGCGUGGCGCCCGCCUUGUCCUGCACCCUCUGCUCCAUGGAAGGGGACAGUGUCAGCUCCGAGUCCUCCUCGCCCGACGUGCACCUCACCAUCCAGGAGGAGGGGGCGGACGAUGAACUGGAGGAGACCUCCGAGACGCCCCUGAACGAGAGCAGCGAGGGCUCCUCGGAGAACAUCCACCAGAAUUCCUAG